CGUGGAGUUAACAAUUAUGGAAGUGCAUGAAGUAAAAUAAAUAUAGAGGUGGUGCAAGGAGCAACAUAAAUGGGUUGGGCUAGCCCAAACCCUAACUUCAUCUUUUCAACGUGUCUCCUCCUUCGCCUACACAGGUCCAAGGACACAACAUCCACUAACGGCUGCACCUCCCUGACCAGCCAAGUUCUCCGGCAACGCCGGAGCCAUCACAGCCCUCGAAACUUGAGCCACCGUCGUUUCUGCCAGCGGCUCCAUCUUCUCCUUCACCCUUCACCGAGAACACCACAGUGCAACCUGGAGGUCGCCGCCGCGACAGCGACGAGUCCAACGUCGGUCUUCCGCCACAGUCAAGAUGCCAGUCGCACGCGAACAGUACUGAUCCCACUUCUCAAGCUCGCUGGUGGCGCGAUGCUCACCAUUCGCGACAGACAUCGCUCCUUCCGCCGCGUUGCCUUCCAUAGUCACUCACGCUUUCUCCUUUCUUUUCCUCCCACCAUUUGUACUUUGAUUGGGCUCACAGGGCAUCAAUGUCCGUGAAAUUGGAGAAAGCAACAUCAACACCAAAACGACAGAAACUUGCAAGAGUGAACUAGUGAACCACACAAUUGUUACCUAGGUAUCCUCUUCUAAUGAGCAGUGAUGCUGCCAAGACAUGUUCAAACUCUUGGUGAUCUCCUCGAGAGAGUUAAACUAGUUCGUUUUUCAAAACUCAGAGGUAUACAUGGAAAUUUUUGUCUUUGGUACUCCACUCUGUCGACUUGCAGUGAGAUGCCAAAAAAGCUCAACAAGUUUGAGCGGAAACCGCUAGUGACAAGUUUUAACGAGCUUAAGCGAGAAGCUAAACUAAAGAAAAAGGAGAGACAAAAGGUGCAUGAGACUAUAUUACAACCUCCUGAAAAUGGCAUGCUGGUUAAGAAUCUGAUUCCUGUUGCUCAUGAAGUUUUUGCUGCCAGAUGUGAACUAUUAUCCUGUGUUUCAAGACUAGUCAACUAUACUGCUAUUUAUGUAUGCAGCUUAUGUGGAGAAGUUCAUGUUGGUCAUCCGCCACAUAAAAUUAAAACAUGUGAUGUUAGAGGAAGCCCAUCAAGCAAAGAACAUAGUUGGGUCAAAGGUGGUGUUGAACAUGUUCUGCCACUUGUAGAAUCAUUUCAUCUGUAUGAUAGAAUAGGGAGGGCUGUUUCACAUAAUGAAAUGCUUGAAGUCGACCGAAUUCCAGCAAUUGUGGAAUUGUGUGUCCAGGCAGGUUUUGACAUACCAGAGUACCCUACCAGGAGAAGGACCUUCCCUGUUUACUGUGUUGCUGGUAGGAUUAUAGAUUUUGAGAAAAGAUUUCCGAAAGAAAUGUCUCUUGGGGCAGAUAUAGAAGCACAUGGAUUUUGGCAUAAGAAAAAAAAGUUCAAUAAAGACACAAAUUCCAUGGUGAUGCAUUCUGACGAUAUCCAAGCUAUUGCUGUUCUGGGCAUGAAAGACUGGGAAAAAAUGUGCACAGGAGCUUCAAAACUUAUGGAGAAGUAUGAUGUCCAAACUUGUGGAUAUUGUCCAGAGGUACAAGUGGGGCCCAAAGGUCAUAGAGUUCGAAAUUGUCAAGCUUUCAAACACCAGAUGAGGGAUGGACAACAUGCAUGGCAGAAGGCAACAAUUAAUGAUCUUGCACCUCCAGUGUGUGUAUAUCACAUUCGAGAUCAGCAAGGAAAUAAACCUUUGGUAAAUGAGUUGAAAAGGUACUACGGUAUGCUGCCAGCAGUGGUUGAGCUAUUUGCUCAGGCUGGAGCACCGGUUGGAAAGAAUUAUGCAUCUAUGAUGAGGGAAGAUGUUGCAAUCCCUGAAAUGGAUGAGGAAAAAUGGGUUGUUUAAAUCAUUGGAUUCAGUGACUUCUUAUGCAUGGACACAACACAAUAGAACAUUUCUUAAUCAUGUGUUACCACUCUUUUUGUAAGAAUUUGUAUCAAGACAUAUAAUAUAAUAUCUCAAGCUAAAGCAAAUCAAUCUUAUAUUUAGGGUCUAAUUUGUAUAAGUAUAUAUGUUUUCGGUUUUCUUUUCCCCCCACCAAAUAUAUUACAUUAAGUUAGCCUAACUAUGUUACAACUCAAAAUCAAAAUACAUAAUGUAAGAAGUUUUGCAAUCAUCCAUAUAAAUGCUAUGGAUGGAAGUUGAAUACAAGAAACACACAGCAGAACACAGACACAAAACAUAUCUUUUUUAA